UCGGUACUCCGUACUUGGUAGGAAGUAGUGGAAAAAUGUAUAAAUUAUAAAAGAAACAGUUAAAUUAUGAGAAAACAAUGAGUUUUAAGUUAAACACAAAACUUGAAAGUGUGUGCACCAAGCAAAUUAAUUUUCGGAACAGAAUAGAGCACCAAGAUGAAGUAAACAUGGAUGUAAGAGAAGGUCUCCUUGUUCGUGAUUGAAAUUGAAGUAUGGUUUAAACGUAAUCAUAUUUACUCGAAUUGAUUCACUUUGGCCCCAGGAGUAACAUACGUGAUCAUGAUAGGCAAAAGCAUUUCCAAUUCAGACGCUACAAUGAACAACCUGGACGACAGCGAUGUGCCCCCAGCCAGUAGCUUCUGCAGAGAUUUUAUUAGAGGCUACUGUUCACGAGAAAAUUGCAGAUAUAUCCAUGAAAUCCCGCCAAAGUCACGCUUAAAAGAGUUAUUUCGUUUCUGUCAUGAUUUUCAAAAUAAAGGCUGUUUUAGACCGAGUUGUAAGUUCACGCAUAGUACCGUAGAAGAUGAGGAGCUUUUUUAUACCACCGGGAUAUUCCCUCGUGAUCCGAGAAGCCCGCCCGGCAUAUGUCAAGCUUUUCUUCAUGGGGCCUGCUCCUCGCCAGAUUGCAAGUUUAUACAUCCAAGAGAUCUGCCUCCAAAUGACGUGAAUUGCGGGCGCAAUAUUCCUAAUAUAUUUAAUAGACCCCCACCGAAUAUGCGAGAGGACGAGUCGCCUCCGGAAGCCAAACUAAGGAAAUUUGCUAUCGAAGAACCCAGUUUAGAGAAUCAAGGUUAUCCACCGGCCAAUCUAUGCCAAAACUGUGAUGUUCUAGAACAUAAAAUAAAGUUGUUGUAUGAUAACAUUAGUGUGCUUCUAAAUAAGGUUGCAGACUUGACAGAAAAAAAUGGUCAACUAACAUCAAUGAAUGAAUUUUUGCUGCAACAGACAGCUUCAUUGAGAGGAGAACAGUCAUGUGUUAUAACAUCAAGGCACGGGACUUCAGCACCGGUAUCUCUGGCCACCGUGAGUGUCACCCCCGUGGUUAGUCUAGCUGGUGCUAUACCGGCCCUCAUGCCCGCUGCAGCUACUCCAAAUUUAGCACUGGCCCCUGCCGCUUCUAGAGCACAACUGUUGACACCUGCACCCCAAAUUCUCACAGUGAGUACUACUCAGCAACUGGUUGGAAAUUCUGGCGCAUUAAUUGUUACAAGUGCUGGAGCGCAGCAACUCAUGCAAGUCAGCGACUCCGGAACACUGAUGGGUGGGGGGCAAACUGUUGUAGCCGUGACACCAGCUCAGCUGACUCUCGGGCCGACACAGCAGCUAAUGACAAAUGCGUCACAAACUGCAGUUCAACAACUCGUGCAGACUUCAGCAUUACAGCCGCAACUAGCGUCACAGCAUCAAGCGUCACAGUUUGCCCAACAAUCUGUGCAACAUUUAGCAGCAGCCCAGCAGUCAGCUCAGCAUUUGGCACAACAGUCUGCCCAGCAUUUGGCACAGCAGUCAGCCCAGCAUUUGGCACAGCAUUCUGCCCAGCAUCUAGCAGCUCAACAGUCAGCCCAACACCUGGCAGCAGCACAGCAGUCGGCCCAACAGUUGGCGGCGGCGCAGCAGUCCGCUCAGCAGUUGGCCGCACAACAGUCAGCCCAGCAGCAGCUAGUGCCAUCUGGACAGCAAUUGGUCCAUCAGACUUCCACUCAACAGAUUACUAUUUCGAAUACCAGUCAGCCAAUGGCUUUGCCAAAUUCACAGGCACAGCCUCUGACAUUCCCCAUAAUUUCUCAGAGCAUAUUGCCCCAUUGAAAUAUACUGAGGUUCCAUGAUA